AUGAAUAUAAAAUUACGGCAGCAGUAAAGAAGUAUAAAGUAGAACAAAAAAACAGUGAAGGAAUGGAAAGUCAGACUUAUUUACUUCAAUGGUAAUUUCAUAUAAAUGGAAAUGUCGAUGUGAUGUUAAAAAUACUUUUCACUAAUAUCUUAAUACGAGCAAAAAACAAAAAUGGUUUCAAAUGCUGAUUUGACAUCUUUAAGGUAUACUAGACACUACAUAUUAUACAAAGAGCGUAAGGACCAUGAGAAUCAUCUGUGUUGAGAAAGGCCUAAUACCCCAUGACCUAUGGCCUGGUACUGGUCCAGGACCCAGUGGUUGGGAAGUUUGCUCUAAGUAGCUUGCAGUACACUAGUAAUAAAUUCAAUGUAAAUAAAGUUUUUCUUUUCCACAGGGGCCUGACACCCAACGAUCUGCGGCCUGCUACCCAGUAGUUGGGUUCCUCAGCUGUGAGCUCCACAGUGAAGGAGUUACACCUCAAAGGAGAGCCACAGUGGACACAGAGAUAUAAUGAAGUUCUCCUAUUAUAAGAUGAUAAAUGUAUGCGAUGACCGAAGUUGAAACGAGGGUUACCUCCCACCGACUUACGCUACACAUUUAUAGACAGACCGGGGGCCAGAGUUUACACAGAGGUAAAGGAGAGCCUGCAGGUAAAGACAACAAAGGGAGAUUAACUCGCUGACUAUUUUCUAGCCGUUUAAAUAACGCAAACACGUCUCGUUUAACUCCGCUCCGCAGCAGCAGGAGUAAACUCACAGGAGCAUUUGUCCGUCGUGCCCCACUCUCACCCUUCUCUCCACUAUUGGUGGGGGCUGCUUGUUUAAGCCAAUAGGCAGAGCGCACGCUAAUGUCAUUUGACUGUGACCGCAGAGAGGAGCAGCGCAGCGCACCGUGCGCCACUGGGAUGACUGGGAUGUGGUGACAGCGGCUGAAACCAGAGCUCCUCUCUCCUCUGCUCUCUCCACUCCACUGCUCUUCUCUCCUUUCCUUUUACUCCUUCGUGCAGCCGAUAUCAGGGGUUUAAGAUUAUCGCCUUGCACAGCUCUGGCUCCAGCUUUGCGGCACAGCGGUGCGCCCUCCCGGGACACUUUUCCAUCCGACGCCAAUGAGAGGCAGCGCGAAUCGCCUAUUUCACGUCGGGAAUAUUGGUUUUGGAUACUCGUUAAACAGAGACUGAACGCUUUGGAGCAAAGAGUCUGAUGAGCCUGGUGGGUGCAACUGUGUCGGUGCCAGCCUUGCAGGGUGGAGCACGACAGCGAGACUUAAUGAUGGAUCAAAAAGUCAGCAAGCUGACCUCUGGCUUUCAGCGCAGCUCCACAUCCGAUGAUGACUCAGGCUGUGCCCUGGAAGAGUACGCCUGGGUACCACCUGGCCUCAGGCCUGAACAGAUCCAGUUAUAUUUCUCUUGUCUGUCUGAGGAUAAGAUCCCUUACGUCAACAGUCCGGGAGAGAAGUUCAGAAUCAAACAGCUCCUCUACCAACUGCCACCACAUGAUAAUGAGGUACGUUACUGCCAGUCCCUCACUGAGGAGGAGAAGAAAGAGCUACAUAUGUUCAGUGUCCAGAGGAAAAAGGAAGCACUCGGGAGGGGCACUAUAAAACUUUUGCCCCGUAAUCAUCUGAACAGCAUUUGUGAGCAUUGUGGAGAAAAGAUCAACGGAGGAGAAAUGGCUGUGUUUGCCUCAAGGGCAGGGCCUGGGAUGUGCUGGCAUCCUGCAUGCUUUGCUUGCUUCACAUGCAGAGAACUGCUCGUGGAUUUGAUUUACUUCUACCACGACGGAAAGAUCCACUGUGGAAGACACCACGCUGAGCUGCUCAAACCACGCUGCUCAGCCUGCGAUGAGAUUAUUUUUGCUGAUGAGUGCACAGAGGCCGAGGGACGUCACUGGCACAUGAAGCACUUCUCCUGUUUUGAAUGCGAGACAAUUCUGGGAGGACAACGCUACAUCAUGAAGGAUGGCAGGCCUUACUGCUGUGGCUGUUUUGAAUCACUUUAUGCCGAGUAUUGUGAGGCUUGUGGAGACCACAUAGGUGUCGAUCAUGCACAGAUGACAUAUGAUGGACUUCAUUGGCAUGCGACUGAGAGCUGCUUCAGCUGCGCCCACUGUAAGACUUGUCUACUUGGUUGCCCCUUCCUGCCACACCAAGGUCGGAUUUACUGCUCCAAGGCUUGCAGUGUUGGGGAAGAUGUACAUGCCUCAGACUCCUCUGAUUCUGCGUUCCAGUCUGCGCGCUCGCGUGAAUCGAGACGCAGCGUACGCAUGGGCAAGAGCAGUCGUUCAGCUGAUCAAUGCAGACAAUCGCUCCUCUUCUCACCUUCUGUUGACUACAAGUUUCCCGGCUACAGUGGAAACACAGAUGACACCCUGACCAACAAGCUGACUCACAUGAACUUGUAUGAUGAGCAUUUCUGGAGAGGACGCAGUGAGGAAACAGAGGCCCCUGAAGACAGAGAAGAAGAGUGGGCUGAACAUGAAGACUACAUGACUCAACUGCUACUAAAGUUUGGAGAGCAUGGGGUCUUCCAGCAAGCCAAGGACUCCAGACCAACAGAUUUCUGGAAAGCUGAAAAGGAUACAAAAUUUAAGCAGGAUUCAUCAAAGGCAGGCAGUGGCAGUGAAGGAGGAAGGGGAAACCUGGCCUGUAAGAAAUAUCAGGCGGACAUGUACUGGGCUCAGUCACAGGAUGGACUCGGUGACUCUGCAUAUGGUAGCCAUCCAGGUCCAGCUAGCAGCAGAAAGAUUCAGGAAUUGGAAUUAGAUCAUGUAGCUGAAGGUGGCUUCCAGGGAGAGGAGAACCAGUGGUACAAUGACUCCUUAGAGUGCAUCACAGAUGAGCUCAAGAAAACAGAGCAGAGUGUGCGUGACUCCAUGGACUCAUUGGCUCUCUCCAAUAUCACAGGUGCAUCAGUAGAUGGUGACAGUAAGGACAGACCUUUGGUGUAUUCUCUACAAGGAUUCCAUGAGCUGGAGACAGAGGACUGUGACAAAACCAGUAACAUGGGCACCCUCAAUUCUUCUCUGUUACACAGAAGUGUAAAUUCUCUCAAGAGUCUUGUUUCUGAGCAAGAUGAGGAGGUGGAAGAAAUUGUUCCACAAGAAGAGGGGGCAGCUCUGCAAGUGGAUAGCUCUAAACAAAAUGUUCCUGCCUUAAGGAGGACACGCUCCCAGUCUAGGCCUCAGCAAGUCAAAUUUUCUGAUGAUGUGGUAGACAAUGGACAUUACUGUGAUCUCCCAGAGCGGAGGCCACCAAUGAGUGAACGGACUCGAAGGAGAGCAUACCACUUUGAGGAACAAGGUCAAGAACUUAACUCUGGUCGGCAACAUCAUCAUCACCACCACAGAAGGCGACACAGUCGCAAGUCUCGAUCUGACAAUGCUCUCAACCUACUUCCGAAGGAGAGAGCACAAAUGUCUUACAAUGGAGGCCAAAGAGGGAACGCCCUCAGGCCUAAGGGCCAUAGAGCGCUACACAGUCAAUGUAGCCCUCCAGCUUUGUCAGAGUGUGGGCUCGAAGGCCCUGUCAGAGGGAGAUUCAUGGGGUUAUAUGGGGAUGAAGAUGACUGGUGUUCAACAUGCUCAUCGUCUUCUUCUGAUUCUGAGGAGGAAGGCUUUUUUCUCGGUCAGCCAAUUCCUCAACCCAGGCCUCACAGAAACUUCUACGCUGAUGAUAUGGCCAGUACUGUGGUAGGCAUGUCCUCAACUACUUAUGGCCAAAGGACUAAAAAGAAGAGAGGGCACAAAGGCAAAAACUGUAUAAUUUCAUAACUAUCAUUUUCUAAUGCUCAACUGUGCAGCCACAAAGCCAACCCUAACUAAAACAUAAUACUAAUUUUUCAAUUCACUUUACCAACAUGCUUGUGUUAAACACAAGGUCAUCAAACCCUAAUCAGAGAAGUCUGCUUCCAUAGCAUUACAACAGCAAGAAGGUUUUUUGAGCAAUGUAUAUUUAUAACUGGGCCAAGCAGUGCAGAAAUUGAUGUAUAUAUUGUAGAAAUUGAACAAUAUUUUUUAUAUCCUCAAGUUAAUAACACGUUUUCUACCAAAUAACAUUAACACACAACUUCUGGAAAAUUGUGCAGAGAUGCUUUCCGAGAUGGUGUCAGAAAUACAGUGUCAACUGACGACCACUCGACCUCCUCCAAUGGACUCUCUUUAAAUGCUUAUGCACGAACUACAUAUUAUGACAGACAUUGAGUGUAUUUAAAAGGCUUGGUUGAGUGGUGUAUUUAUGGUUCACAGUAUUGUAA